AUGACGCACCCUGUCGAGUUCGCGGUCUUCGCGUUCUUCACCGUCACCGUUAUUGGCAUAGGCCUAGGGUUUGCCUUCAAGAGGACAGGCCGCUUGAACAUCGAAGAAAUGUUCCUCGGCAGCCGGACAUUACGAAUGGUUCCGUUGGCCCUGUCCUCCAUGGCCUCCGCCAUGUCGUCCACGGGAUUCAUCGCGUUCACUGCCCACUACUACGCUUAUGGCCUUCACUUGGGAUGGGCGGCGUCCGCGGCGACCUUACUGCUGAUCCCCUUCACGAUUCAUGUCGAUAUACCCGUACUUUACAGACUGAAGAUCACGUCCGUAUUUGAGGGAGGACUGAGAGGCGUUGUCUGGACCGACUGCAUGCAAGCCCUCGUUACAAUAUUUGUACCAACAACACUCGUCAUCAAAGCCAUGUACGGCUCCCAGAGUGAGGAUUUCAAACGUCGCCCUCUCAGCGACUUCGAUGUUGGUACCUACGCCCUGAACACUACUUUGGACUUCACAAAAGACGAGAAUAUCUGGGCCUGCCUAAUAGGAGCGUUCUCGCAUCAUAUGUACCGAUAUUGUAUGGAUCAGAUGGUCGUUCAAAGAUACCUGGCAUCGAGGACCCUCGAAGACGCCAAAUGGUAUUUCUAG